UCUCAAAUCAAAAACUCUCUCUUUCUUCUCUCUUUUUUCUUCCUUUUUCUGCUAAAAAAACAGCUUCAUAUAUAAUGCUCAUUUGCUUCCCUCUGCCGCCUGAUAUUUAACAACAAAAUUCCUUCAUGCCGCCUGCCACCACUAUGGUUCACCCUCCCCACCAUAUAAAAACUCAGCCCUCUCAAAAACCCGACCCGAAUCCAUCCCAGUCGGAGGAUCCUAUCAUCGUCGUCGACCUCGUAUGGCCAUUCGGGGAACUCGAAGGGCUCGAUCGAGACGAUUUUCGAGAGGCAGCUUACGAGAUAUUCUUCACAGCAUGCCGGUCAUCGCCGGGGUUCGGUGGAAGAACGGCGGCGAUUUCUAAUUCUCUCAAUUCAUCUGAGGGAUCAGGAGAUGGAAACGGAUCGGGGUCCGGUUCGGGUUUGUCGGGCCCUGGAUCGCCGAAGCCCCCCGGGGUGGGGAUGGCAAUAACUAGUAGGGUGAAAACGGCAUUAGGGUUAAAGAUGUUGAAGAAGUUGCCGUCCCGUAGGACUAGUACUUCUAAUGCUCCGUCUUCGCCUAAUGCCGGGACGCCGAGCCCUAAAACGGGCUCGACGGUGGUGCCGCAGGCGAAGAUACGAAGGCCGUUGACGUCGGCUGAGAUUAUGAGGCUGCAGAUGAAAGUGUCGGAGCAGAGUGAUAAUAGGCUAAGGAAAACUCUUAUGAGAACUCUUGUUGGCCAAAUGGGAAGGCGAGCAGAGACAAUAAUCCUACCAUUGGAGCUUAUACGCCACCUGAAACCAUCCGAAUUCAACGAUCCUCAAGAAUACCAUUUAUGGCAAAAACGCCAACUUCGCAUCCUUGAAAUAGGCCUUCUCCUUCACCCCUCUAUUCCAGUAGAAAAAGACAAUGCAUCCGCAGCGCGGUUAAGAGAGAUCAUUCAAGCUUGUGAGUACAAACCUAUUGACACUAGCAAAAAUUCAGAAACAAUGAGAUCACUUUGCAAUGCUGUAGUUUCCUUAGCUUGGAGAAGUGCUGAUGGUGCCCCUAACGAUACUUGUCGUUGGGCGGAUGGAUUCCCUCUCAAUAUCCACAUUUACACGGCUCUUUUAGGCUCGAUCUUUGAUCUCAAAGACGAUACGUUAGUCCUCAAUGAGGUCGAUGAGCUUCUUGAAUUGAUGAAAAAGACAUGGUCUACAUUGGGUAUUAAUAGAUCAAUUCAAAACUUGUGUUUUACAUGGGUACUUUUCGAGCAAUAUGUUGUGACGAACCAAAUUGAGCCUGAUCUUCUCGGUGCAACAUUGACUAUGUUAACUGAAGUUGCAAGUGAUGCUAAGAAGGUGGACAAAGAGCGUAUUUAUCUUAAGAUGCUAAAGAGUGUUUUAACGUCGAUGAAACGAUGGUGUGAGAAGAGAUUGUUGAAUUAUCAUGCAAGUUUUCACGCGGAAAAUAUUGGACUAAUGGAAAAUAUUAUUCCUCUCAUGUUUUCUGCGUCGAAAAUAUUAGAGGAAGAUGUUCCGGGAUAUGUAUCUUCCCCUGCUGAAAAAGGGGAUGUGAAAGAUGAUACAACGGGGAAUAGAGUGAAUCACUUUAUCCGUUCCUCUUUAAGGACUGCAUUCAGUAAGAUGUUGGAAGAACGGAAUAUAAACGUUACGAGUUUUGAAAGUGAAGACGUGAUCGAGACACUCAUUAAAUUAGCUAAUGAAACAGAAGAAUUUGCAACUAAGGAGAAGGAAAUAUUUACUCCUGUCCUUAAGAAAUGGCAUCCGAUUGCAGCCGGAGUUGCAGCAGUGACAUUACAUACAUGUUAUGGAACUUUGUUGAGGCAAUACCUAGCAGGUACAACCUUUCUCACAAGCGAAACAGCGUUAGUAUUGCAAAGGGCUGGAAAACUUGAAAAGGUUUUAGUCCAAAUGGUGGUAGAGGACUCGGUCGAUUGUGAAGAUGGAGGCAAAACAAUGGUGAGGGAAAUGAUUCCUUAUGAAGUUGAUUCAAUCAAAAUUAACCUAUUGAGGAAAUGGAUCCAAGAUAGUUUGAAGAAAGGGAAAGACGUUCUUGUGAGAUCAAAAGACUCUGAAACAUGGAAUCCAAAAUCCAAAAGUGAGCCAUAUGCACAAUCAGCAAUUGAUCUAGUGAAACAUGCCAAGGAAGCAGUGGACAAUUUCUUCGAAAUUCCAAUAAUCAUCACUGAGAAUUUGGUCAAUGAUCUUGCUGAUGGCAUAGAAAACCUAUUCAAAGAUUAUGUUACCUUUGUUGCAUCAUGUGGGUCAAAACAGAGUUACAUGCCUACACUUCCUCCUUUAACAAGAUGUGGCCAAGACUCAAGAUUUGUGAAACUGUGGAAGAAAGCUGCUUGUAGUGUUGGAUCAAACGAUCCGAACCAGCAUUUGACAGACGAAGAUAACAAUCCGCGCCCUUCAACAAGCCGAGGGACUCAACGCCUUUAUAUAAGGCUUAACACCUUACAUUACCUUCUUCAGCAACUCAAUUCCCUCGACAAAACACUAUCGCUCUCCUCAAGAGUUAUCGCUACUCCAGGAAGUCGUUACAACAAGAACAGACAGCUCGCAUGUUGUUCCUUCUUCGAUCCAACACGUUCAUCCAUCCAAGCAGCCGUUCAACACGUAUCAGAAGUUGCUGCUUAUCGUCUGAUCUUCUUCGAUUCCAACAAUGUAUUCUACGCAAGCCUAUACGUAGGUGAUGUUGAAAAUGCACGUAUUCGACCAGCUUUAAGGAUACUUAAGCAGAACCUGACUCUUUUAUGUGCAAUUCUCAUCGACCGAGCUCAACCAUUAGCACUCAAAGAAGUGAUGAAGGCUUCUUUUGAGGCCUAUCUUAUGGUUUUAUUAGCCGGUGGAAGCCGACGAAACUUCUCCAGAAUGGAUCAUCAGAUGAUUGAGGAAGAUUUUGAAAGUUUAAAGAGAGUAUUUUGUACUUGUGGAGAAGGUUUAAUACUAGAAGAUGUGGUGGAAAAAGCAGCUAAAAUAGCAGAAGGGGUUGUGGCUUUAAUGGGACAGACAACUGAACAAUUGGUAGAAGAUUUUAGCAGUGUAGCUUGUGAAGCUAGUGGAAUGGGAGUUGUGGGAACAGGACAGAAACUACCUAUGCCACCAACUACAGGAAAAUGGAAUAGAUCAGAUGCUAAUACAAUCUUGAGGGUAAUUUGUUAUAGGAAUGAUAAAUUUGCUAAUCAUUUCUUAAAGAAAACAUUUCACUUGGCAAAGAGAAGGGGUUAAGAAAAUUGGCCUAAAAGACCAAGAAAAGGAUUUUAAUUGUACAGAAAAAUCAAGAAGAAUUAAAAUUUUCAAGUAUAUAUGCUAUUAAAGUUGAUUUAUUUGAAGGAUUUCAUGGAAGGAUGUAAAGUAAAAGCUUAUGGAAUAUAAAAAGGAUUUUACUUGUACAGAAAAAUCAAGAAUUGAAAUUUUCAGGUAUAUAUGCUACUAUUAAAGUUGAUUUA